UGCUCAACUUUUUCACUUAAAAUAGGAAUAAACGAUGACACUCUCCAUCUCUGGUGAUUCCGUCUGUAACAAGUAUACAUCAAAUGCCUGUUGUGUGCCAGGCAUUGAGAACCAGAUUGGGCUCCUGCCUUCACCGGGUUCUCGCCCAGAUGGAGCGGGCUAUUCAUGAUGGUCAAGGAUCGCGGUACAAGACAAAAGAGGCGAUGCCUAGGGCCGGGAGUGUAGCUCAGUGGUAGAGCGCUUGCCUAGGCUGCAGGAGGCUCUGGAUUUCAUCCCCAGCACCGAAGGGGUUAGAGAAAACAGGACAGCCAACUAAAUUUUGAAUAAACAACGAACACUGUUUUAGUAUAACUAUAUCCUAUGUAACAUUUAAGAUGUAACUAAAUAUUUCUUCGUUUAUCUGAAAUGUAAACUUAAGAGCACUACUUUUAUUUGCUAUUACUAUUGGAUCCCCUCAAAGGAGCUUACAUUCUGAAGGGAGUAAGAAUUAACCAGGAAAAGAGAACGCGAUGGGUGUCCUCCGCAGCUAAACAGCACGUGCAAACACCCUGAGGCAGAACCUGCUGUAAUUAUUUAUUCGCUACCCUACUAGGUGGUUAUUGUUCUCAGGAAUCUCCCCUGACCAGGCCGCCUACUCCCACAUCCUGCCACAGUCAAAUCACGCCCAUCUAAGAUUCCAAGUCGGGUCUGUGAAUUCUGUAGCUUGCAAAUGGGGAAACAGGCUGCAAGGCGGUAACGAAGGUGGGGAGGUAGGGACACUUUGGAAAAUGCACCCUCGGUGCGGGCGAGCACGAGCACCAGAAAUCCAAGUGGGCGGGCGAGAACAAAACUCGGAAAACAACACGGGCGGCUACGAGAACCAGAGAGCCAGGCAGGCGGGCAGGAUUGAGAACUGGAGAGUGACGCGCGGCGGGCGGGGGAAAGAGAAUCCAGGUUCUGCUCGGGCGGCGACGAGAAGCUGCGCUCGGGCGCGCGAGGACGGCGACCGGCGCGGGCGGGCGCGGCCUUUGUCUCCUCCUCCCGCGCGCUCGGCGGCGGCACUGGCCCCAUGAGUCCGCGACCCCCCGGCGCCCGAGCCGCCCACAGCCCCUAACCUGACCUGUCCUCGCCAUGGCCGAGACUGCCUCGGGCGCCGGGGGCACGUCCCUGGAGGGAGAGCGCGGCAAGAGGCCCCCGCCGGAGGGCGAGCCCGCAGCCCCUGCGUCUGGAGUUCUGGAUAAGCUUUUCGGGAAGCGGCUCCUGCAGGCGGGUCGCUACCUGGUGUCCCACAAGGCAUGGAUGAAGACCGUUCCCACGGAGAACUGUGAUGUGCUGAUGACCUUUCCAGACACCACUGAUGACCACACGCUGCUAUGGCUGCUGAACCACAUCCGUGUGGGCAUCCCUGAGCUCAUCGUGCAAGUCCGCCACCACCGCCACACGCGUGCCUACGCCUUCUUCGUCACAGCCACAUAUGAGAGCCUACUCCGAGGGGCCGACGAGCUGGGUCUGCGCAAGGCUGUGAAGGCCGAGUUCGGUGGGGGCACCCGCGGCUUCUCCUGCGAAGAAGACUUCAUCUAUGAGAAUGUGGAGAGUGAGCUACGCUUCUUCACAUCCCAGGAACGCCAGAGCAUCAUCCGCUUCUGGCUGCAGAACCUGCGUGCCAAGCAGGGAGAGGCGUUGCACAACGUGCGGUUCCUGGAGGACCAGCCAAUCAUCCCGGAGCUGGCGGCCCGUGGGAUCAUCCAGCAGGUGUUCCCGGUCCACGAACAGCGCAUCCUGAACCGCCUCAUGAAGUCAUGGGUGCAGGCUGUGUGUGAAAACCAGCCUUUAGAUGACAUCUGUGACUACUUUGGUGUGAAGAUUGCCAUGUACUUUGCCUGGCUGGGCUUCUACACGUCAGCAAUGGUGUACCCCGCUGUCUUUGGCUCUGUCCUAUACACAUUCACGGAGGCUGAUCAGACAAGCCGGGAUGUGUCCUGCGUGGUCUUUGCGCUCUUCAACGUGAUCUGGUCAACACUGUUCUUAGAGGAGUGGAAACGGAGGGGGGCAGAGCUGGCCUACAAGUGGGGAACACUGGAUUCACCUGGGGAAGCUGUGGAGGAGCCACGUCCCCAGUUCAGGGGCGUGCGCCGCAUCAGCCCCGUGACCCGCGCUGAGGAGUUCUACUACCCACCGUGGAAGCGGCUGCUCUUCCAGCUGCUCGUGAGCCUGCCGCUGUGCUUGGCCUGCCUGGCCUGCGUCUUCUUGCUCAUGCUGGGAUGCUUCCAGCUGCAGGAGCUGGUGCUGAGUGUGAAGGGGCUGCCCCGCCUCGCCCGCUUCCUGCCCAAGGUUGUGCUGGCCCUGCUGGUCAGCGUGAGCGCCGAGGGCUACAAGAAGCUGGCCAUCUGGCUCAACGACAUGGAGAACUACCGGCUAGAGAGCGCUUACGAGAAGCACCUCAUCAUCAAGGUCGUCCUGUUCCAGUUUGUCAACUCGUACCUGAGCCUCUUCUACAUCGGCUUCUACCUCAAGGACAUGGAGCGCCUCAAAGAGAUGCUGGCCACGCUGCUGAUCACCCGCCAGUUCCUCCAGAAUGUGCGUGAGGUCCUGCAGCCACACCUGUACCGCAGGCUGGGUCGUGGCGAGCUCGGUCUGCGGGCCAUCUGGGAGCUGGUUCAAGCCCUGCUCGGCCUGUUGAGCCUCAGGCGCCCUGUGCCUCGCCGCCUCGAAGCCCAGGCCGACGAGGGCAGUGGUGGCGGCAGUGGGGGGGGCCGCAGGUGUCUCAGUGGGGGCUGCGGGGCACCUGAGGAGGAGGAAGAGGCCACAGUGGAGCGGAGACCAGCCGGGGAGGGUGGGGAGGUCAGGGACGGGCCCCAGGGGGGCAAGGAGGAGGCAGAAGAGGAGGAGGAAGAGGAGGAAGAAGAGGAGGAGGACGAUGACGAGGGCGAGGAAGGUGGCCUCCUGGACUGUGGGCUCCGCCUGAAGAAGGUCAGCUUUGCUGAGCGCGGGGCGGGGCGGCGACGGCCUGGCCCAAACCCAGAGGCCCUCUUGGAGGAGGGAAGCCCCACCAUGGUGGAGAAGGGGCUGGAGCCAGGCGUGUUCACACUGGCCGAGGAAGACGACGAGCCAGAGGGUCCUCCUGGCAGCCCUGAGCGAGAGCCCCCAACCAUCCUGCUCCGUCGGGCCGGGGGCGAGGGCCGAGACCAAGGGCCUGAUGGAGGCCCAGACCCAGAGCCCGGCUCUGGGGACUCUGCCGGGAGACAGAAGAGGCAGAACCGGUCAUCUUGGAUCGACCCACCUGAGGAGGAGCCCUCGGCCCAGUUGACCCAGGCAGAGCUGGAGAGCUGCAUGAGGAAGUACGAGGACACCUUCCAGGACUACCAGGAGAUGUUCGUGCAGUUCGGCUACGUCGUGCUCUUCUCGUCCGCCUUCCCGCUGGCCGCGCUCUGUGCCCUGGUCAACAACCUCAUCGAGAUCCGCAGUGACGCCUUCAAACUGUGCACAGGCCUGCAGCGGCCCUUCGGCCAGCGUGUCGAGAGCAUCGGCCAGUGGCAGAAGGUCAUGGAGGCCAUGGGUGUGCUGGCGAUCGUGGUGAACUGCUACCUCAUCGGCCAGUGCGGGCAGCUGCAGCGCCUCUUCCCUUGGCUGAGCCCGGAAGCAGCCAUUGUGUCCGUGGUGGUGCUCGAGCACUUCGCUCUGCUCCUCAAGUACCUCAUCCAUGUGGCCAUCCCCGACAUCCCAGGCUGGGUGGCCGAGGAGAUGGCCAAGCUCGAGUAUCAGCGACGAGAGGCCUUCAAGAGACACGAGCGCCAGGCCCAGCACCGCUACCAGCAGCAGCAGCGGCGGCGGCGGGAGGAGGAGGAGCGCCAGCGCCACGCGGAGCACCAUGCCCGCAGGGAGCGUGACACCAGUGGCCGGGAGGAGGCCAGGGCUGAGGGCGCUGGGCUGGACCCCGCCGCCUCCGAGAAGUCCUCUGCCAAAGCCAAGGGUGGCGGAGCGGGCAGCCAUGGGCCUGAGCGGCCCAAGCGCCCGGGGUCCCUGCUGGCACCCAACAAUGUCAUGAAGCUGAAGCAGAUCAUCCCGCUACAGGGCAAGUUCCUGUCAUCAGGGGCCACGUCCUCGCUGGCCGGCACAGGGACUGGCCCUGCCGCUCGGCAGCCCUCUGCCCAGUCACCCACCGGCAGUGACACCCGCCUACCGGCCUUCCUCAGCUUCAAGUUCCUCAAGUCGCCCGAGACCCGAAGGGAUCCGGAGCGCAGCCACUCGCCACCCAAGGCCUUCCACGCCGGCAAGCUCUUCCCUUUUGGCGGGACCCGGGCUGAGACCGGGUCCAACGGGGCGGGCGGGCAGGCCCGACAGGACGGGACCCCCAGCGGUGGCAGCGGCCGGGCCCAGAGGAGUGGGCCAGCGGACGAGGCCUCAGCUGAGGAGCUGGAAGCCCCCCGGCCCGAAGAGGAAGGCUCAGGGACAGCGCUGGCCCUCGCGGGCGCCCCUGCCUUCCGCACCCGCCGCAGCCGGAGCCCCGCGCCGCCGCCACCAAUACCGCUGUCCCGGCCCCCGACGCCACCCGCCAGCUGCUGGCAGUGGGACGGGCCUUGGGGCUGCGGGGGCGAGGGCGCCGCGCCCCGCCAGGCCCCGCCCGCCGCUGAGUGCCCCCCCUGUGCCCUCCCGGGCCCCCCUCCAGCCCUGCAGCCGCUGCCAGGGGACGCCAGCUUCUACAGCCUCCCGCCCCCGCCGCUGCCGCUCACCUCCGAGCCCCCGGGGGGCCCCGCGCCCUCCCCCAGCCCCAGCCCCAGCCCCCAGGCCGUGUGCUGGCCCAGCGGCUGGCACUAGCCCCGCGCCCUGCCUUCCUCUUCUCGUUUGCAAUAUCAGUCAUUAUCGGGGCGGCCAGCCCGAAAACGCGCUUUGCCCUGCCCUCCGUCCCCAGCCACAGCCACCAGUAUUGGCCGCCCCGUCAGGGCGGGUUCCCCUAUCUGCCGUUUUCCUUUCGACCAGGAUGGGGGAAGCGAAAGGAAACCCCAAACCAAUAGAGAACACACACAGAAUAGGCGAUUAUUUAUUUGUUUUUAAUUUAUUUUGUCAUAUUUUUGUAAAACGGCAGAAAUGCAAUAAAAAGUAUAUUUCAACAGUG